CCAUAACGGGAUUCGCUUGCCUAGCAUUAAAGAUAAAAUGUCGGUAUCGAAGAAUUAGGAGUUUUGAUAUCUGAAUCGGUAGUCUAGAUCUGUAGAUUCUAGAUCUUUAACAAACAAAAAAAAUGGGAUUAUCAGAUGAGAGUGAAGAAAAUGUAUUACAGAGAUUCGAAGAAGUUUGUUUGGACCUCAAUAUGGACACUUCAACUAAAGAAGAUGCUUGGCAAAACUAUCAAAGAAUGCAAACAAACUACAGCCUCGAGGGAGACCAGAUGCACUGGCUGGCCUGUGCUUUAUAUGAAGCUUGUCGUCGAACGUCUGUGCCUACUGUUGGGCAGGGAACUAUGGAAGGCAACUGUGUGUCGUUGACGAGAUUGCUGAGAUCAUCUAAAUUCAGCCUUAUUCAGUUCUUCAACAAGAUGAGGAAAUGGUCAGAUAUGGCUAACCUGCCCAAAGCUUUUAGAGAUAAAAUUGACAAAUUGGAGAGAAACUUUGCAGUCUCUACAGUCAUUUUUAAAAAGUUUGAACCUAUCUUCUUGGACAUUUUUAUAAAUCCUGCUCACGAGCUGCCCAGGCAACAGAGGGGUAGAAAACAGAGAGCUAUUCAUGACAAAAGGAGAAAAUGGACAAAAAAUGGAUUGCAGCUCGUAGAAGGAAGAUUACCGUGUACGGCAAAGGAAGUUUUUAGUUUCUCAUGGACAUUGUUUGUAUUAGUGAAAGGUAACUUUCCUGCCAUUAGUGAUGACCUUGUCAACUCUUAUCACCUAUUGUUAUGUUGUAUUGACUGGAUAUUCGCCAAUGCUGUAAUGGGUGGACGUAAAGAUCUUUUGAAUCGAGAAUUUGAAGGUCUACCUGAAGACUUCAAUAGUGUGAAUUGGAAACCAUCUGGGGAUCCACCUUGUAUCAUGCAGCUCCUGUGUGAAAAACAUGAUGGUCUGGUAGUUGAAGCGAAGACUAUUAAGGAGCACUGGUGGAAGCCACACAUUAAAAGAUUGUUUGAUAAAAAGAUCCUUGAUGGAAAGAGUUCUAAUCUUUCUGCCAUUCUGGAGCUUGGUCACUUUGAGGAGAAUGUUAAGAUGAUCAACAAACUUUAUGAGGAGUAUGUGCUGAGUGUUGGAGACUUUGAUGAAAGGAUCUUCUUGGGGGAGGAUGCCAGUGAAGAAAUUGGAACCCCUGGAGGACAGAACACUUCAGACUUGACAGAACAGAUGCAACGACGUUCGUUAAGACAGCAUUUUGAUGAGACUAAAUCCUUAACUCCAUCCACUCCGUUGACGGGUCGAAGAUACUUGAAAGAAAAAGAUUUGAGUGUGACCCCUGUCUCAACAGCAACUCAGAGUGUCUCACGACUGCAGACAUUGCUCUCUGGAUCAAAAACAUCUCCUUCCGACACCCUUUUGGACAUCUUCAAAAACUGUGCCAGAAAUCCUAUUGAUGAAAUAACACAGAGACUUAAAGAAAUGGGUGAAAAGUUCUGUAAACAUUAUGCCAAAUCAUCUGAUAGCCAUCCAGGAGCAACUGUGGAUUUUGCCCGUAAACGUCUUCAGCUAGGAGAGAGCCUGUAUUAUAAAACACUUGAAGGAAUUAUACAAGGAGAGAAGAGGAGACUAGGAGGAGAGCAGAAAGAAGCCAACCUAUUGGGAUUAUUAGAGAAUGACUUUUUUCAUAGGUCUCUCUUGGCUUGUUGUUUAGAGAUUGUAAUAUUCUCUUAUAAUUCUCAGCGUACCUUUCCAUGGAUUGUUGACAUAUUUGAGCUGAGUCCCUACCACUUUUACAAGGUGAUUGAGAUUAUCAUACGUGCUGAAAAGGGCUUGUCUAGGGAUGUGGUCAAACACUUAAAUCAUAUUGAAGAGAGUAUUCUGGAAAGUUAUGCAUGGAAAAAUGAUUCGCCACUUUGGGAUGCUAUCAAGGAAAAGACAGCUCCUACUUGUGAAGAAGUGACUCCUGCUAAUCAGAUGGAACUCAGUGGUAAACAAUCAGCUUUGCAAAUAGCCAAACAUCCCAGACUAAGAUCUUUAGUUGGGGAUAUAAAAUAUUUGCAAAAAAGUUCAGACCCUCUUCAGUCCCCUAUUGUUCCAAUGGCGACAGACAGAUUCAGUUCACCUUCUCCUGGCAAUGCAAAGCGUAGAUUAUUUACAACUGGACCUACCACAGCCUCUCCAUUGGUCACCAGCUCAGCAGCAUCAACUCAGAGCAGCACAUCACAGUCUAUAAAUAUUGUUUCCUCUGGCAAGGCCACCAUUGGAGGCUCCAUACUGAUGAACCAAUUGAAAGGAGGCACCACUGAUACUCUGAUUGUCUCUAACAAGCUUGCUUCAGCUCUAGCACCCACGGCUAACUCUUCCAAGGUUGACUCAGCACCACAAGUUACAGUGGCGAGCUCAGGGCUGACUUCGCCAGUGACUGGAGGACACGUUGUUGUGGCUGCUGCAGCAGGAAGUGGCACUGUGUUGACUUCUUCAGUGGGUCAACAGACAACUGUCCCUACACAGCAGACAAUAGUGGCUAUGAUGGAUGAUGGCAGACAAAUUCUUAUUCCUAUACAAAUAGCGCAGCCAUCGACUUCUGGAACAUCCACUACUUCUAUGACCUACACUACUAGUGGUACCUCUGGACAGACAUCUAGCACUAUUACAAUUACAAGCAAGUCUGGCCAGCCUAUGUUUGUGAAGUUAGAGAAAACAGAUGCUGAUCACAACUAUAACAAACCAAAGCAGACUGGCUCAUUAGCCUUAUUCUUUAGAAAGGUUUAUCACCUGGCAAGUGUAAGACUUCGAGAUCUCUUUGAUAAACUGGACAUUGAUGAUGAAGAGCUCCUGAAGAAGGUCUGGACCUGCUUCGAGUAUGCAAUGGUACACAAUGUCCACCUGAUGAUGGACCGCCACCUGGACCAGUUGAUCAUGUGCUCCUUGUAUCUGAUUGCUAAAGUGACUGAAAAGCCUUUGACUUUCCAGAACAUUAUGAAAUGCUACAGACUACAACCACAAGCACAUAGUCAUGUAUACCGCAGCGUUCUAAUCUCUUCAAGACAUCGCCAUGGUUCUGGCAGCAGUGACAGUAAUGAAGGCAGUGGCACAUCAUCUCCUGUCAAUGAAGGGAAACCUGAUAAUAAGGACAAAAAACAAGUGAGUGUUCGCUCUUCUAGCACUUUGCCUCAUCCCCAUCCCAGCAGUCAGCCCCCGACACCCACCAGGUUUGUUGGUGGGAAUCUGGAGGAUUUGGAAGAGGAGAGAGGAGAUCUCAUUCAGUUCUACAAUCUUGUAUAUCUGAGGAAAACUCGAACUUUUGCACUUAUGUUUGUGGAAAAAAAUUCUGAUCCUACUGACAAACCUAAGUUGUCUCCUCUCCCUGCCAUCCGUUGUUUGUCAUCCUCACCUCGCCGCGUCUCCAACAGUCACACUGUGUUCAUUUCACCACACAGAGCCAACACCUUGCCACCACUCCGGGGAAUGUCUUAUUCCAUUAAUCUGAGUCCAUCCAAGGAUUUGCUAGCCAUUAACAAAAUGAUAAAACAAGGAAUAUUUAAAACAUCCUCCAAGCGUGUAUUAGAAGUGGAUAAAGAUGACUCUGUCCAUAGUCCAGCAAAAAGGAUGGCUGCAGGUCAACACUUUGUGAAGAGGAUACAGGACUUACCAACGGUGGAAAACCCUAGUUUAUAGGGAGUUGACUUUUGUAGGAAAUGUUUUAAUUUAGAGUCUUUUUUUUUAAAUGGUAAUUUUAGUACCUUUCUGAUGAAAAACAUGGUUGGCAGAUCUUUAUGCCUGUUCUUUUUAUGAAAGAGAAUCGUAUGUGGAAGUAAAUAUUUUAUUCAAAUUCUUUUAUCCAAAAUGUGAUAGAUGCAAAGAAUGUAUUAUAAAAUCUGCUGUAUUAUAAAAUUUACCAUUGGUGUUACUGACAUUGACCUGUAUUUUCUGAGCCACAGUUACAGUGUCAUUAUGUCAGUCUGUGUACAAAUCGUUUCAGCUUGAAUAAAUGGCAAACACUACUGUAUGUAUAUAGACUUACAUAGUUAUAACUACACUUUUAUUUUUUAUUUCCAUAAAAGCAUUUUGGUUUAUGAAAAGGAAAACAGAAACUAAGCCUUGAACAUUUCACUUGUGUUUUAUUUGUGCCAUUGAACUAUUUUCUAACCAUUUUGCUUGCAGGCUCUUGCUGAAACCUUAUUCUAAAGGAAACCAAUUCUAGGGCAAAAAGGGCAUGGAAUAUAAUGUAUAACUCCGUAAACUGAACAUCUUUCUGUACAAAAAAAAAAAGGUGUGCUAAGUUAUUGUUUAUAAAUGCACAUAUUAAAAACAUUGAGAUGACUAAUGAGAGAACAUAAUUUUCUGGCUCAAUGAAAAGUUUUACUUUGAAAUGUUUGUUUGCUUUUCAAAUAGUUCUAGAGAAAUUGAUUUGCUCAAGCUGUGACAGUCAACACAGUGCUGUCUACAAGUGGUGGUGGUGUCUAUAUUGGUUUAGUUCACAUCUGUUUGUCUUUCUGCUUGGAGACAAUAAUAAGUUGUACUUGGUUUGUUCAAGUUAGUCCAAGCAUAAUUAGUUCUGUUGUGUGUCAUAAGACUCUCAAUACAAACUCUUAAAGAUGUUUGCAACAAAGUUUAUUUCAUAAUUCACUGAUAGCUUAUCUGUUUUCAUAGGACAUUAUACAAUUAUUUAUCAGGAACUUACAACUAUUUAUUGUUUAAUAGUUUGGAAAGUACUAAGUUUUUUUUACUUUUAAUACCUGUAGAAAAGAAAAUCAAAUGUUUUUUUUCUAAAAAAAAAAAGUUUCAUGUUAAUUCGCCAACUUGAAUGUAGCUUUGUGUAUUGUUAGUAAUGUUGAAGUUGCCUGCUGUACAGCUAAUUGCAAUACCUGCUAGUGUUAACAGACCUUACCUCACAAUGUUUCAUUAUGCAAUUGUUGUGUUGAAGGAGAGAGUGAAGUCAAUGUCUGGCAUUACAAUGUAUUAUUAGUUUUGAUCUUGAGAGCAGCUCAUCCUUUGGCUGUUUGUCACAAAUCAGUUGUUCUGUCUUUUUUAAUUGCAAAAGAUUGACAAGAAAAUAUUACAUUUUGGGGUGGGGGGUGAUUAGGGAAAUAAGUCUUUGUUUAUAUUGCAGUGCAGCACCAAUCAGUUAUAAAAAAAUGAAUGUGAAACUUGUUGCCAACUACAAACUUUCUGGUUAAAUCCAUACUUGAACUACUCUGUCCUGGCCUAAAUCUCAAUUUGAAAUAAGUGGCUUUGAUAAAGAAAUGUAGGACCAAUGAGUGUGAGCCUAUUGAAGCAAAAUGUGAAGAGUUGGCCAGACAGAUAAUGUUUGGUUAAAUUGCUAGAAACUGUUUAUCUCAACUGACAUGACCCAGUUUUUGUAGAACUAUUAAAGAUUUUUUUUCCCCCAAUUCAUGAUUGGUAAAUUCUUUGUCCAAAUUUUUUCUGAUCUGGACUGGUAAUCAAAAUAAUUGUAGAUCUUUGUUUUUACACGAAGUAAAUAAAAUAAUAAUAAUAAAAAAGAUAGUGACAAUUAGCAUCAAUUAAAAACAUAUUUGAUUAGCCUUUGAUUUUAAAUAUUGAUCGUGUGAUAAUCUAGAUAGACUUCAGUUUUUCUUUGCAUUGGACAAUAUCUAGUUAGACAGUUUAUCUAAGAAAGUCUAUUGAAGCCAAUAAAUCUCUAUCAUCUCCAAAACAACUUUUUCUCAAACAUAUGCUAUGGUGUAAUACAAACAUAAGUAACUAAAUCAAAGGUAAAUUGUAGAUAUGCUGUGUUGUAGGGAGGAGUGACAUCCUCACUUUGUGAUGUGUAAUUUGUUUUUAAUUUUGUUUUGUAUGAAGCUAUUGUUCAUGGAUGUCAAUUUUUGAAUGCUAUAACAUAGUAUGUCAUGUUUGUGUGACAGUAUGACAAAAAAAAUCUGCCUGAUACCUCCAAAUGACAUGGUACCUCUAUAUCAGUUAUGCCCACUCAGCAUCUGUUUCUGGCCUAUGACGGGGGCUAUCCUUCUCUUCGAAACAUGUGCCUACGUUGAAUAAUGAACCCUUAAUAGAUAGGUUCCAAUAGACUUUAUGGUGAUGUCCCUGUGACACAUGGUGAAAAUUUCAAGGCUCUGGGCUGAAUAAGGCUGAGCAUCACUGAUGUAUAUAAAAAUGAACAGACUCUUCUAGCCUCAUUUUGACUUUAUGCAAAGCUUGCACGCAACACUGUGCCCCAGGUUUAGUUCAUGUGUAGGCAAGUUUUAGUUUCUACCAUCAGCUGUAUUACACAAUUAUUUUUUUUUUUAUAGAAUAUAGAAAAGAGAAUUUCUUAUUUACUUGUAUGUACAUUGAAUUAUGUACCUAUCUUUGUAUUCACAUACUUUGUAUUCAACUAUACAUCCAAUAUUUUACAAUGAAUCUAGGGCCUUCCUUUCUUUACACUUCAGUUUUUAUUUGCCAACUUUACAUUUUUGUUAAAAAUAUAUUAAUGACAAUUUGUCUUUUUUUUUUCCCUUUAAUUUUGAAGGUAGCUUACUUGAUAAUAAUUUAUAAAGUCGAGUAGAAUCAGAUAUUCAAUAUAAAGUUAUGUUCUUAUUGAUAGCUAGAGUUGUUACAACUUUGUCAUAAGCACUACAACACGAACUGAUCUACAUUUUGAUCGGUGUGUUUAGGUUUUGAGAUUUUGUUGAUUUAAAAUAGUGUACAUUUGUUUUCAUAAUUUAUGAUGGGCAGACAAAAUAAACUGAUGUAAAUAUGA